UAGUACAGUGCAUGCAUUGUGUAUGUAUUAUGCAAUAUUGUAAUGCAAUGCAGCGGUUCAUCAGCCUGGAAUCUGUACGCAUCGUCAUGUUUUCAAGAUACCCUCGAUGAAGGAGGAACAAAAACAACUAACAAAGCCAGACCGCAGUAUGUCGACACUUGGGACCAGCCAGCUUCGCAUUGCCUGCGUCUUCAGUGCGACAAGCAGCGACACCAAAUUGGCUGAAGACGCUCUGAACAAUGCCUGCCGUCUGGUCAACAAUGUCACCCUCAUCAAGGUCAACUUUGACCGGCUGGACUUUGGGGAGACCAAGGUCCUUGACCGGUUCUACGCGGCCGACAUCGUGGUCGUUGACGUCUCUGUCAUCGUGCAGCAGCGGACGCUGUUCUAUCACAUGGGGGUGAGGGAGAGCUUCGGGAAGGAGAAGAACGUGGUCCUCUACAAUGAUUCAGUCGAUCCUGAAGGGACUUCGUCUCUCAUGCAAUCCUGCCAUGGAUCAGGCUACAUAUUUAUCCCGUACAAAAUGGACUCCAAGAGCCAGUGCUACGUGUGUGACAUGGCAUGCGUUUUCAAGGCUGGACAGCUCUGCGAAGAGGACAGCGCUCUCUGCCCGCUCCUCACGGACAGGCUCAGGGAAACCAUCGAAGAGGUCCACAUUAGCAAUAGGAGCAAUGCAACAGAGGUUUUGUUGAAUGACAUCCGUAAAGCAAGGAUUAAACUCAAAGGAGAGACACUUGCCAAGGAGCUUGGUAAUCUGAAAGCCCGGAUGGAUGAGCAGCUGCUACUGAGUGGAGACAUUGUCCAUCAGUUCCUACUUUCUUACAGAGAAAUCCAGGAUUAUAAUUCCAUGGUGUCUCUGGUUGAGGCCAUCAAGCAGCUGAAGAACGAUCAUGUGACCGACAAACCCGCCAUUUUACAUCUUUACGCAUUCGCUCUAAACAGACGGAAAAAGCCAGGGGACAGAGAAAAAGCCGUUACUGUCAUCACAAAGGCCCUAGAGAGUGAUGAUAACCAGGUGCCGGAUAUGUUCUGUCUCUGUGGGCGAAUCUACAAGGAUAUCUACACCGAAUCCAAUUACUUAGACUUUGAAAGCAGAGAUAAUGCUAUAUACUGGUACAGAAAGGGUUUUGAGGUGCAGCCCAACGAGUAUGCAGGCAUCAAUCUAGCGACCCUUCUUGUGCUGGCUGGUAAAGAGUUCACAAAAUGUGCAGAGCUUCAAAAAAUUGGUAUGACCCUGAACAACUUGCUUGGUAAGAAGGGGAGUCUGGUAUCGCUGGAAGACUACUGGGAUGUAGCCACGUUCUUUGAGAUCAGCGUCCUGGCAGGAGACUUCUCUAAGGCAUCCCAAGCAGCCGAAUGCAUGUUCAAACUCAAGCCACCCAUCUGGUAUCUGAAGUCCACAUUGGGCAACAUUCAGAUGAUAUGUCGGGUAAGACCGACCUCUGAUGAGGAACCAACCAUUGAUCAACAACUCUUUAACUUCUGGCUAGAUUUCUUUGUAGAGGCCACCAAAGAGUCCACAACAGACCUUCGCUUUCCUGUCCUGGUCCUAGAGCCCAGUAAGAUCUACAAGCCCAGUUACAUCACUAUCAGUGAAGGGGAUGAGACACAGGAGAGAUCUAUUCGACUCUGGCAUGUAGGCCUGGAGAAAAACAGCAGGGAAAUCAGUGAAUGGCUCUUCAAUUUAUCCUCUAUAAAGGGUGUCAGUACUUACAAGAGAGAUGAUCGCUGCCUCUUCCUGUACGUCCAGCAGAACGCAGAUGAUUUUCAACUCUUCUAUCCAUCUUCCAGUCAGAGACAAAGGUUUCAUGAUCUGAUCAUGGACAUGCUAGGCAGCAGUGCAGUCAUUGGAGGUGAGGUGGACUCUGACCUGAAUGAUGAACCUAUACAGAUCGAGUACGAGUUCACCGAGUCGAAGGACCGGGUGAUGUUGGGUAGAGGGACGUUUGGUGUUGUGUAUGCUGCCAGAGACUGCAGGACUCAGGUGACCAUAGCGGUCAAGGAGAUCCCCAUCACCGAUAUGAGGGAGGUACAGCCCCUGCAUGAAGAGAUCUUGCUCCACUCCAGGCUCAGUCAUAAAAACAUCGUCAAGUAUCUUGGCUCAGACAUCGUCGGGAACACCUUCAAGAUCUAUAUGGAGCAGGUCCCCGGCGGGAGCCUGUCUGCAUUGCUGAGGUCAAAGUGGGGUCCUCUGAAAGACCAUGAAGACACCAUCAUCUACUAUACCAAGCAGAUACUGGAAGGUCUUAGAUACCUGCAUGACCAAAAGAUCGUCCAUAGGGACAUCAAAGGAGACAACGUACUGGUCAAUACAUACAGCGGAGUGGUCAAGAUUUCAGACUUUGGGACAUCCAAGAGACUAGCUGGCUUGAAUCCAGCAGCAAGCUCAUUCAAAGGCACCCUUCAGUACAUGGCCCCGGAAGUGAUUGACAAAGGUCUAAGAGGUCAUGGCGCUCCAGCUGACAUCUGGUCACUGGGUUGUACCAUCGUUGAGAUGGCCACAGGAAAACCCCCUUUCAUUGAGCUGGGUUCACCUCAGGCUGCCAUGUUUAAGGUUGGAUUCUACAAGGAUCAUCCUGAGAUCCCGGAAAGCCUCUCAAACGCAGCCAAGGAGUUCAUACUCAGAUGCUUUGAGCCCGACCCAGAGAAGAGGGCUACAGCCCAUGAUCUUCUUCAGGAUCCAUUCCUGAUCAAAGGGAGGAAAAUGAGCAAAAAAACUUCAGCAGCUGAUUAUAGGACGGACAGAAGCAUAUCAAUGCCAAUGGUUAAUCCUGGUAGCCGUCCAGAGUCUCCCCUGACCCUAGCAUCGACUCUCUCCAACUUCAGCGAAGCGGAUGCAGCGUCCAGUAUCCGGCUUGACAAGCGAAGAUCACUCGAGCUUUUAUCACCUGGACAUUAUUCCUGGCAUAAUUCAUCUUUACUCAGCAGCAGUGAAGAUGGUCUGGAGACACCGGUCACCCCCGACAAUAGGGAACAAGGUGGUUUCUACAUGCUGAGGAAAGACAGCGAAAGACGCCAGACGUUACUCACUAUCAUUGAAGGCGAUGGGGAUAAGAUUGUGAAUGAAUGGAUGAAGAAAUUGCAACUGAGCGGUGAUAGACCACCAACCAAAAUUACAACAGAUCACCUAAUGACGUUGAACCAUGGUAUAGCUCUGUUUAUCAAGCAGAGGGAGCGCAGGAUGCUGGUGGGCACGCUAGAUAAACUGCGCGAUGAUUUAGACUAUGAUCCUACGGCUCUCAGUGAAAUUCAUACUGCUUUAUAUGUGUUCCAGGAUUCGGUGAAUCAAGUGCUACGUCAACACAUGCACAACAUCAAGCCUCACUGGAUGUUUGCUCUGGAUAGCCUGAUCCGAGAUGCGGUCCAGGUCACCAUCACCAUUCUCAGUCCAGAUCUUGGAGAGAACAUAGCACCCAGCAAGGAGGACGAUGUGACCCCCGCAAACUCCCACGGCAUGGACACCCGCAACCCUGGGACAUCCAGCGGGGGCGGCGGGGGCAUCUACGGCACUGCCCCCCACUUCCUGCCCCUCCCGAAGGGGGUGGACGAAGAGGCGGGGAACACGUCCGGGGUGUCAACCUUCGACAGCUCCACCAGGUCCAACGAGUGCUUCAUACCCAAUCGUAACCUGAUGGCCAACUUGCAGGGGGACCACCAAAGGCUUGUCCAGGAGCAGGGGAGGUUACUUCAGGAGUUGGUAGACGUCCAGAAAUCCCUGAAUGAUGUCCUUCAGACCCAGCUGUGUGUUAGUAGAUCUGUGAUGGAGAGAAUAGGUUUCCAGCCUCUCGGUGCUACCGACUCGGUCAACUCAAAUCUACAAGAUGGCAGAGCUGGAGUGGAAGCUAAGCAGGAGGAGUUAUCGUCAUGGUUACAGGCAGUAGGACUGGAUGAAGAUAGUAUUAGAAGGUUUAUUGAAGAGGACCUCACCUUGCCACUGGUUCUCAAUUCAAUGACACGUGAUGACCUGAGAUCUCUCAAAAUUAGGGUCGGAGCCCAGGUGCGCAUAUGGGACGCCGUCCAGCAACACAGAAUGAACGAACAGAAGAGAUAAAAGCAACUUUCACAGGAAUCCUCUCUAGCUAUCUCUAUCUCUUCCCUAAGUCUGUUCUACAUUUGAAAGAAUAGGUCUCGUAUGUAGUGUAAACAUUUGGUGCAAUUUAGUCUUUCUUAUCUUCUCUGCUUGGAGACCUAUUUGAUGUUAGGUUUGGGGAUGGAAUGCUUCACAUGAACAAUUUCAGAGAUUUUGAAAUUAGAGCUGUUAUGAGUCAUUCAGUGAAAACACAACACUUAUGUCCUAAUGAUGAGUUACAAUCAUGGCAUUUAACAGAGUCAGAGAGUGAUGCAAUAUAUUGUAAAAGCGGGCACUCUUUCUAAUGACGUCUAAGAAGAAGAAAACAAAUACAUUUUUUAGAGAGCUGUUGGGGUCUUAAAAUUUGAAAAGGGUUCGAAAAACACGAUUGGGGAACCUAUUUUCUCUCUGUGGACUUAACGUAGGAUCAAUUUGUUUUAAAAGGAGGGGCAUGAGCUAGUUGUGCCCCCCCCCCCCAAAAAAAAAAAAAGAGUAAAUAAAUGAAUAAUAAAAUAAGGACCAUUUAUUGGACUUAUCUCAAUUUUCAUCUACAAAAGGAUACAACAGUGUUUUCUGUUUUUUCCUUUUUUUUUUAUGAUUACCUGUACUAUAAUAUUCACACAAGUAUUGUAUCACUCCCCUGGGUAAAAAAACCCAGUCAUUAUAGCAUUUAGGAACAGUCGUUAUAGCUAAAAAGACAUCAUUAUAGCUAAAAUACAGUCAUCAUAGCUUUUAAAAAACAUCAUUUUAGCUU